CCUAUAGUUACUGAACGCAGUGCUCAACAAGUUUUGUCGUUAUCUUGGUAACCGAAUUAUAACAAUUUUGAUUUCACCUACAAGUCAAGUUUGGUUUUGAUUAUCAUAUUUGUGAAAAAUGCCACCAAAGAAGAAGGGUGGAGGAAAAUCCACAGUUAUCGAUGGCGUCGACACAUCCUCCAUGACUCGAGAACAGCUAGAAGUGUUCUGCCUACGCAUCAAAGAAGAAAACGAACGAGAGAGAGAGGAGAGAAAUUUUUUCCAACUAGAAAGGGAUAAGCUCAGAACCUUCUGGGAAAUAACUAGGAAUGAAUUGGAGGAGGCCAGAGCUAAAAUCAGAAACAAGGAGAGGCAGAUAGAAGAAAAUACAGAAAAAAACGAGGAAAUCUUGAAAUUCUACAAGCAGAAAGUGAAACAUCUACAGUACGAGCACGAGAACGACCUCACCGAGUGCAAAGCCGAAUCGUUGGUGUCCUUGAAGAGGGCGGCCGACAACCAUCUGGCCCAGGAGAAGGAACUGUUGGCCGACAAGAUAGCCCUGAAGAACAAGGCUCAGGAACAAGAGCUCAACCAUCAGGACCAAGUCAGAAAUUUGAAAUUGCAACAUAGCGAGGAAAUAAGCAAGGCAAGGAGCGAUUUCGAUGGGAAGUCGAAGGAGUUGGAGCUUAAAUUCGAGAGAAAAUUCUCUGAGCUCACCAACGAGCUGAAUCUGAAACACAGCAUGGAAAUAGCGGAAAUCGAGGAGAGGAAGAACACCCAGCUGAACGCGCUGACCAAACAGCACGACGAGGCUUACAGCGAGAUGAAGAUGUACUAUAACGACAUCACCCUCAACAAUUUGGCCCUCAUCAGCAGUCUGAAGGAACAAAUGGAAGUUUUGCGAAAGCAGAACGAGCGCAUGUCCAAGCAAGUGGCGGACUUGAUGUCGGAAAAUAAGAAGAUGGUCGAACCCCUUAGCCAGGCCAGAGCGGAGGUCAUAGAAUACAGGAGGCAGCUGACGAAUUACGAAAAGGACAAGAUAUCCUUAGAGAACACCAAGAUAAAGCUGGGCCAGACGAGGAAGGAGUUCGAGGAUUUGAAAUGGGCCAACGAGGCCUUGGAGAUCAGGUUCGCCAAGCUGCAGGCCGAACAUCAGGAGCUGAAGAGGAGGUUCAAUCAGGCGGUGUUGGAGGUGCAGCAGAAGACCAGCCUGAAGAACGUCUUGUUGGAGAAGCGGGUCAGGGUGCUGGGGGAGAAUUUGGAGCAGAAAGACGCGCUCAUCGAGGAUCUGGUGGUGCAGUUGAAGGAUCCGCAGCACGCCGUCAAGACCAAUAAGAAAUUGGAGGAUAUCCUGAAUAAAAAGAACGCAACAAUAAACGAUCUUCAAUAUGAGCUGGCAAGGGUGUGUAAAGCCCACGACGAUCUUUUGGACACGUAUGAGGAGAAACUACACGAGUACGGUAUACCUAAAAUAGAACUGGGCUUCAUACCCCUGAGGACAGUGCCAGAAGGACAAGGUGGAUUACCAAAAGGUCCUGCCGGUCUUGUUACUAAGAAUAGAUGAGAAUUUUUGAUCAUUGCUCAUAUAUCCUGUUUUGAAUCUUUAUUAUACAAUUAUA